AUGAAGAGAAUUCGCGAUGCGCUGCCCAUCAAAGCCAUUCGCGAAGAUCUCGUGAAAGCGUUGCAAACACAUCAAGUGGUCGUCGUGAGCGGAGGCACGGGGAGCGGGAAAUCGACCCAGUGUCCGCAGUACAUCUUAGAAGACGCCAUCCAACAAGGCGAAGGGCCGAACACGCGCAUUAUCGUCACCCAACCACGACGUAUCGCCGCGAUAUCUGUCGCUGAGCGCGUCGCGGCGGAGCGCGACGAACCGAUUGGGAACUCGGUGGGUUUCGCCGUGCGAUUACACGGUAAUUCACCGCGCGACGCGGCGAACAUUGAAUUCGUCACGACCGGGGUUUUACUUCGCAGACUCAUGAGAGAUCAAAAUUUGGAAGGUAUCUCGCACGUUAUGAUCGACGAAGUUCACGAGCGCGACAUUAACACCGACUUUCUGCUCGUCUUGCUCCGCGAACUCAUCACCACUCGACCGGAUUUGCGAGUCGUUUUGAUGAGCGCGACGCUCGACGCGGAAUCGUUCAGUGACUACUUUGCGGGUGAAGAUACGCAGGAAAAGGUACCUUUGAUGAGCGUACCGACGAAACCGCGAUGGCCUGUAGAGAUCGUCCACCUCGAGGAUAUGCUAGACGGUGGAGGCGAGCUCGAAGUCGAAGAUGAAAUGGAAGUGUCUGAGGACGAAGACGAUGUCGACGAUGACGACGACGACGUCGACGACGUCGACCCUGCGCUCGAAGACAUGGCGAUGAAGUUGGAAGACGAAGUGAGCGAACUCACGAUUCAACUCCUCGCCGAAGUCGCUAAACACGUCGCGGCUAUCGAAACCGACGCCGGACGUAAGGGUAGUAUCUUGUGCUUCCUACCCGGUUGGGAUGAGAUAAAGUCGGCGAUGGCGAUACUGGAGGAGACCACCGACCCCGAGCUUUACGAGAAGUUGAACGUUAUACCACUUCAUUCGACGAUUCCUCAAGAAGAGCAACAAAAAGUGUUCAUACCGGCGCCAGAUGGCGUGGUGAAGGUCAUAUUAGCGACGAACAUUGCCGAAUCUUCUGUCACCAUCAACGACGUGCUCGCCGUGGUGGACAGCGGUCUGGUACGAGAGAUGUCUUGGAACGCCGAGAGCGGAAUGUCGACGAUGGGCACGGUCGGAACGUCGCGCGCAAGCGCGACACAACGAACCGGUCGCGCUGGACGUGUCGCCCCUGGAUCGUGCUACCGAAUAUAUUCUCACGGUACUCUGCACGCCAUGGCGGAACGACCGACGCCAGAGAUCCAGCGCACGGCGCUCGAAGCGACUUGUUUGCAGACGUGCUCGAUGACCAACACCGGAGUACAACACUUCUUGUCCAAAGCCAUGGACCCUCCGUCGGACGAGACUGUGGAGUAUGCGAUGGAUAGGCUUUUUAAACUCGGCGCCAUCAAGACGAACGAGGCGUCUGGAGGCGAAGUCCUCACGCCCAUGGGACGAUUGCUGUCCAUCCUCCCGCUCGAUCCUGGGACUGGACGGAUGCUCAUCAUGGGAGCAGUGAUGAAAUGUCUCGAUCCAGUGCUCACCGCUGCGGCGUGUUUCAGCUCUCGGGAUCCGUUU